AUGGGUGUCAAAGCCAUAUUUCAGAAUCUGAACCGCCAAAUCGCCCGAACAACCUUCGGAAAAGUCUUCAGACUCGAUGGAAGUGGCCAUGAAAAGCAGAUCGAAGGAGCACGUUUCUUUCGGGAGAUAGCGGCUGGCAUCACGACCUUUGCGACAAUGGCAUAUAUCAUUGCAGUCAACGCAUCCAUUGUUUCUCAGACUGGAGGCACGUGUGUCUGCAAUGAUGAGAAGGACCCUUUGUGCAAUAACAAUGCUGAAUAUGCAUUGUGUGUUCAAGGAAUUCAACGAGAUCUGAUCACGGCGACCGCUGCUAUUGCUGCCCUUGGUCUCAAUGCUUAUUUCACAUACCAAGUUGUGGGCUACCAUGGCAGCGGACCUGUCCCGUACCGACUCGCCCUCACUGCUGUCUUUGUGGAGGGCUUCAUCUUCGUCUUCCUCGCGCUGACAGGCAUGCGGCAAUGGUUUGUGAGACUCGUGCCAUCAUCCCUCAAGAUCGCUGCAACCUCCGGCGUCGGCCUCUUCCUGGUUCUCAUCGGCUUGUCCACCACCGGCGGAGUCGGCCUGGUCUCGGGAUCAGCGAACCAUCCAACUGAUUUGGCAGGCUGUCCUCCAGAGUACAUGGAUUCUUUUGGCGCUUGCACCAGCCACAAGAUGCUGAACCCUACGGUCUGGAUCGGCAUCUGCUGCGGUGGAUUCGUCAGUGCCAUUCUCAUGAUGUACAAGGUCAAGGGCGCCCUUUUAUACGGCAUUGCCAUUGUUUCCAUCAUGUCCUGGCCCCGGAAUUCAUCUUUCACUUACUUCCCCUACACUCCAGAUGGCGACGACCGCUUUAACUAUUUCAAGAAGGUGGUUAAUUUCCACCCUAUCCAAAAUACCCUCGUUGCCCAAGAAUGGAAUUUGUCUGGCGCAACUGGCGGUCAGUUCGCUUUGGCCUUGUUCACCUUCCUCUAUGUUGACAUUCUGGAUGCCACGGGAACACUGUACAGCAUGGCUCGAUUCGCUGGAGUGGUCGACUUGGAAGAUGGCUCUUUUCCUCGCUCAACCCUGGCGUUCUCUACGGAUGCCAUCGCCAUCUCCAUCGGAUCUCUAUUCGGGACAUCCCCUUGCACCACCUUUGUGGAGUCCGGCGCUGGUAUCUCGGAAGGUGGGCGAACCGGCCUCACUGCCAUGACCACGGGGUUUUGUUUCUUUAUUUCAAUUUUCUUCGCACCGAUCUUUGCGUCCAUCCCAACCUGGGCGACGGGAUGUGCACUUGUUCUGAUUGGAUGUCUGAUGGUUCGAUCCAUGACCGAAGUCAACUGGGCCUAUGCUGGAGAUGCUCUGCCCGCGGCGGUUACUCUUUUCUUCAUCCCCUUCAGCUAUUCCGUGGCCUACGGUCUCAUUGCGGGUUGCAUGACUUAUGUCGUCCUGAACGGCGUUGCCGCACUGAUCAAAUUCGCAUCAGGCAACCGCAUCGUGCCGGCCGACUACGACGCCCGAGAGUUCUGGAGCUACAAACUCCGAGGAAAAAACGUGCCUUGGUACUUGCGGGCCUCCAAGUGGAGCUACGCCAGUUUUUGGCACGACCAGCACGGCACCACCUGUAGCGUGACCGACGGAAGCGAAGUACACAGCGUCAGCGAGGAUAACCGCGUGCCUCCGCCUCCUGGGGUGGAGCUGAACGCCAAGCGAGAGGCCUUGUCCACGACAUAUGAUCUCGAAGCGUUUAACGGAAGAGGAAGCUCGACCGCGUCCCGGUUCCCAUAA